GGAAAAACGAGGAGGCUUGUUUUUUGGGGGAGUUUUUGUUGAACAGUACCAAAGAUAAUAAAUAGCUAUUUAAGUUCUUUGACAGUACUACUACUGUACUAGGCUAGUAGGCCUAGGCUCUAGGUAGAGGAGGAAUGCUCGAAAAUAAUAUGAGGAUUUAGUUUUUUUUAUCAUUUUUUUUAUACUAUAGCAGAUGAUGUGCAGGAAUCCCUAAUGAAUCCGCAGCUAUGGUGUCUGCAGAGGGAGAUUAAUCACUGUGAAUGGAUCGUUCUAGACAUUUGUUAGUCAGGUCGGUCUUGGGCUUCUGCAAUACAAAGCUUUUUUGCCCUUACUUUUGAAAUGUUUUUUUUUUAAAUUAUUAUUUAUAGAUUUCCAGUUGAUAACUCUGCAGAAAUGUCUGAAGAAAGUCUCACUAAGGGUAUCUGUACUUUGGCUGGUAAAAUCAAGCCAGGAGAAGAGACAAGUCAGCUAAGAUUAAUUCUUUUUGACUAUAUAAGCAAUGUAAAGGAAAGACAAAAUGCCCUUGAUUUAUUUGAUGUGCUUAAAGAAAGCCAGGAAAUAACUACACAAAAGGUUCAUAUAGUGUAUGAAAUAUUAAUGUUGAUGGGCAAGAAGAAAUUAUGGACAGAGUUCUGCAAAGAUACGUUGAUUAAUAUCAAAAUUCUUUAUGAUGUCAAGAAAAAUUCAAUUUGCUUCACAAAGUUUCGAUUGAUGAUGAUUGAAAUUGGAAAUAAGUUGACAGGUAAAAUGGUUACAUAUCUGAAGAAGGUAUACGGUGUUGAUGAAGAAUUUUCUUCUGAGUGGAUGCUGUUACUUCAUCUUGAGCAGCAUUUGCAUGUUGAACAAGAUGUCCAAGGUUCCUUAGAAGCAUUUGGCAAAAACCUAAGGACAGCUAUAUGUACAAGAGGAGCUAAACUUGUUGAAGAGUAUGGUAAGAUUUUGAAAAUAUUUGGUCUGUUUAAAUGUUUUUCUUUGAUUAAGAGUUAUCCCCAGUUAGAACAUAACUCCAUAUUAUUAUCAUGGUCAUACAGUAGGAUCAAACAACUAUGAAACAUAUUGCUUAGCUCAAUGAGGACAAAUCAGUGGCGACACCAGCAGGUGGGGGCAGGGGGCUUAAGCCCCCCCCCCAUCGGUC